GGGGGGGCGGGGCGCGGCCGCCAUGGCGCCGGGGCCGCGCUGACCGGCCCGAGCCGCCAUGGCCGGGGCCAUCGCCUCCCGCAUGAGCUUCAGCUCCCUCAAGCGCAAACAGCCCAAGACCUUCACCGUGCGCAUCGCCACCAUGGACGCGGAGAUGGAGUUCAGCUGCGAGGUGAAGUGGAAGGGGAAGGACCUGUUUGACCUGGUGUGCAGGACGCUGGGGCUGCGGGAAACCUGGUUCUUCGGGCUCCAGUACACCAUCAAGGACACAGUGGCCUGGCUCAAGAUGGACAAGAAGGUUCUGGAUCACGAUGUUCCAACGGAGGAGCCCAAAACCUUUCACUUCCUGGCCAAAUUUUAUCCUGAGAAUGCAGAGGAGGAACUGGUCCAGGAAAUCACCCAGCACUUGUUCUUCCUGCAGGUGAAGAAGCAGAUUUUGGAUGAGAAGAUCUACUGUCCUCCUGAAGCGUCUGUCCUGCUGGCCUCCUACGCCGUCCAAGCCAAGUAUGGUGAUUAUGAUCCCAAUGUCCACAAGAGAGGCUUCCUGGCACAAGAGGAGUUGCUUCCAAAGCGGGUGAUAAACCUGUACCAGAUGACUCCAGAGAUGUGGGAGGAAAGGAUCACGGCCUGGUACGCGGAGCACCGGGGCAGAGCGAGAGACGAGGCUGAGAUGGAGUAUCUGAAGAUUGCCCAGGACCUGGAGAUGUACGGCGUGAACUACUUCGCCAUCAGGAAUAAAAAGGGCACGGAACUGCUCCUUGGAGUCGAUGCCUUGGGGCUUCACAUUUAUGACCCAGACAACAGGUUGACCCCUAAAAUCUCCUUCCCGUGGAACGAGAUCCGGAAUAUCUCGUACAGCGACAAAGAGUUUACGAUUAAGCCGUUGGACAAAAAGAUUGAUGUUUUUAAAUUCAAUUCAUCAAAGCUGCGUGUGAAUAAGCUGAUCCUGCAGCUGUGCAUUGGGAACCACGACCUCUUCAUGAGGAGGAGGAAGGCAGACUCCUUGGAGGUCCAGCAGAUGAAAGCACAGGCCAGGGAGGAGAAGGCCAGGAAGCAGAUGGAACGGCAGCGCCUGGCGCGGGAGAAGCAAAUGAGAGAAGAGGCUGAGAGGACCAGGGAUGAGCUGGAGAGGAGGCUGAUGCAGUUAAAGGAGGAGGCAACAAUGGCCAACGAGGCUCUGAUGAGGUCCGAGGAGACAGCAGACCUGCUGGCAGAGAAGGCCCAGAUCACGGAGGAGGAGGCCAAGCUGCUGGCGCAGAAGGCGGCGGAGGCCGAGCAGGAGAUGCAGCGGAUCAAGGCCACGGCCAUCCGGACCGAGGAGGAGAAGCGGCUGAUGGAGCAGAAGGUGCUGGAGGCUGAGAUGUUGGCUCUGAAAAUGGCCGAGGAGUCGGAGAGGAGGGCAAAGGAGGCAGAUCAGCUCAAGCAGGACCUUCAGGAGGCUCGUGAGUCGGAGCGGAGAGCAAAGCAGAAGCUCCUGGAGAUCACCAGCAAGUCGUCCUACACACAGUCCAUGAACUCCAGUACGACGGCGCUGCCCGCAGACCUGCCAAGCUUCAACCUCAUCAGUGAGAGCCUGUCCUUCGACUUCAAGGACACGGACAUGAAGAGGCUGUCCAUGGAAAUCGAGAAGGAGAAGGUGGAGUACAUGGAGAAAAGCAAACACCUCCAGGAGCAGCUGAACGAGCUGAAGACAGAAAUCGAGGCACUGAAGCUCAAGGAGAGGGAGACAGCCCUGGAUAUAUUGCACAACGAGAACGCCAGCAGAGGCAACAGCAAGCACAACACUAUUAAAAAGCCUCAAGCCCAGGGCAGAAGACCUAUCUGCAUUUGAGAAUUCCAACUCACCCUGCAGAGCACCAAGUCCCGCGUGGCCUUCUUCGAGGAGCUCUAGGAGGUGUCCGGCCGCUCCGCACCGCUGCUGCUUCCCGACGGCUCCCGGAGCCUGGCCCGGGGCCGGGGGGUCCCUGCGGGGCCGGGGGGCUGGGCACCACCCCGGGCCCCCUGGGUGCUCCAGCCCCCGCAUCCCGCCGGCCCCGGGGCUGCCCACGGACUGGGUGAUGUUCUCUAGCUUAGUGUCCCUUCAGCCUCCCCCCUCACACUCUGUUUUCCUGGGGUUUUCCAGCUUUUCUUUUAUUUUUUUCUAGCACAGCUUCUAGGCUCGGCCCUCUGGGCUUUUCCCCGGUGCCAGGGGAGGGGCUGUGGUUGUGCCCCCCCAGCCUGGCAGCCAGCAGAGGAGUGUGCCCAAGGCUCUCCCUGGCAGGGAUGACAUCCCUCCGGAUUGCCUUCUCCUGCUGGCCCUGGAGCUCCAUGUUUCAGCCUGGAGCCCUGUGUGCCUGCUCUGAAGCCCCUUGUGCCAGCCCAGAGCUCUGUGUGCCAGCCCUGGAGCCUCAUGUGCCAGCCUGGAGCCCUGUGACCUCUGGGGUCCCAUGUGCUGGUCCUGGAGCCUCACUCAUGUGGUGGCCUGGAGUUGUGUGUGCCGGCCUGGAGCUGUGUGUGCCAGCCUGGAGCUGUGUGUGCCAGCCUGGAGUUGUGUGUGCUCGCCCUGGAGCCUCCCGUGCCAGCUUUGGGGUCCCAUGAGCUGGCCCUGGAGUUCCAUGUGCCGGUCCCAAGAGCCCUGAUCCAGCCCUGGAGCCCCGUGUGCCUGUUCCAAGCCCCGUGUGCCAGCCUGGAGCCCCGUGUGCCCUCCCGUGCCGGGCGCUCCAUUAGGACGCCGAGCAUGUUCCAGUGGAGAGCUGUAAAUCAGGGCCGGCUCUCCCAGCGCCGCCGGGGUGGGAGGCAGGAGCGGGAUGACAGGGACCCGGGCCUGUGGGAAUCCGGGCGGCUGCUUCCCGGGGGAGAGGAGGUGGGAGGAAGGUCUCCUCCUCUUCUCCUCCUCCUUUUCCUCCUCCCCCUCCCUGCCUGGAAUGCGGAGCGGGAGAACAGCUAGUGCCAACCAAAUGAAACCUUAUUUUUCCUGCAAACUGUGACAAACUCGGACAGCUUCAGGCUGGGGGGCUGCGGGCUGGGCUUUCCCUGGGUGCCUGGAUCCAGCCCCUCCGAUCCCCGCCCCGGGAAUGCCGCUAUCCCGGGCUGAGCCCGGGGCUGCCCGCUCCUGCCUGUCCCACCGCGGGUGCCUUCGCUCUGACCCCCCCGCGGGGGGAACAGGGAUGCCCUGACCUUCCCUUCCUGCUUCCGUCCCAAAUCCCGCCCGGCUGGAAUCCUCCUUCCAGCCGCGACUUACCCUCCAGCAGAGCCGGUGCUGCCCCGGGGAUCCCCCAGAUCCCCUCGGGACUCCCAACUCCUCCCUCCCGCAGCCUCACCUGACCCACAGCCCCCCCGGAGGCUCAGCUCGGGGCUUGGCGUGGCGUAAAUCCCAUCCCAACCCCUUUUUAUUUAAAACCUGGGAUCGAUUCCUUGCCCGUGGCUGCAGCCACAUUCCCACUCCCUGGACUGUUGUACUCCCACGGAAUAGCUGUUUUCUCCUGUUUUAAUAAAAAUUCACAGCACUAGGAGGGGA